AUGCUAGAGAACUUGACCGUUCCUGAGCAUGAUAAAAUGCUAAAGAUCUGGUACUUGAAAACGGACCUCUGCCACAAAUUCCUGGCGUUGAUAGAGGAAAAAAAACCGCUGGUUUGCGUCUGUUGCCCAGGAGAACAAACAACUCUUGCACCUUCAGGAACCGAUGGGCAGCAAAAGUUGAUCAAGCAGCUGGAGUACAACAAGCUUUUGAAGCUUGAAGCGGAAGAUGCAUUUUGGAACAACGGUCUAUUUACCAAUCGGAACGAGCCAUGGGCAGUCAACCCUAUCACUCAAAAGGGGAUCUGUCAUCUUGCCGCUUUCAACCGCGGGCUAGAAAAAGAACAUUGUCUGGGAUGGGAGUGGCAGCAAUUGCGAGUGGACCAAGCUAGCGGCACAUCCCAUCCUUCAAACCCUUGUUGCCCACCCAAUUCUACAAUCACUCGCUGCUCCAAAAAAGACGACAGUGGCAAGAUCGUUGUUGCAAUCUGA